AUGAUUGAGAUAAAAGCAUUUAUAGGUUUACUUUUAUUAGCUGGAGUUUUGCGAAGUAAUCGACAAAUUUUUGAAGAAUUGUGGUCUACUGAUGGAAUGAGUAUUGAGAUGUUUAGAACAGUAAUGAGUUUGAAGCGAUUUAAGUUUCUUCCAAGAUGCUGUAGAUUUGAUGAUAAAGAGACGAGGAACGAGAGAAGGAAAACAGAUAAAUUAGCACCUAUUAGAGAACUUUUUGAGAAAAUUGUGGAAAAAUGUAAGCGUAAUUAUUACGUUGGACAAAAUGUUACGAUAGAUGAGAAAUUAGAAAGUUUUAGAGGAAGAUGCCCUUUUCGCCAGUGCAUUCCAUCAAAACCAAAUGAAUAUGGCAUUAAAAUUUUUGCAGCAGUUGAUGCUAAAACGCUUUAUACAUUGAAUUUAGAAAUAUAUGCCAGAAUUGAUAUUGUAAAAGCCCUGAAAGAUAAAAAAACUUUCUUACGUUGGAACAAUAAGAGAGAAUGA